UGUGUGCGCGAUCGGCACAACUCAGCAUAUUUUUCGUUUUGCGCGCGCGUGUGUGUGUGCGUGUACGUCUAUGGGCGUAUGUGUGUGUGUGUGUGUGCUUGUCUUCAAAACGUCUAUUGAUCGAUGAAGCGAAGGCAAUCGUAGCCAUCGACAGCGGUCAGCGACGACAGGUGUUCGCUCGACGACGGCGAUUUCCAUCUCGUUUACUGUCCAGUGUUUGAUCGUUGUUGUAGUAUCUGUCGAUUUGCUUAUAACUCGGUAUUAGUGGACUAUCAUCCAGUGAUAGAAAACUUGUCGAAUUGCGGCAGUGAAGUAGUAUGUGGCUUAGAUGAUAGCGAAUAAUUACUACAUUCCAGGCGGUGUCUAAUUUGGAUUUGUGCGAUGUCGGUAGUAUGUCCGUUAUUGUUGAAUCUCGUUGGAUCCCGUGUUAUACGUGGUCCCAGCUGGAAAUGGAACAAGCAGGAUGGAGGAGAAGGCUUUGUAGGGACAGUCAGAAGUUUUGAGUCUCAUGAAGAAGUUGUUGUAGUCUGGGACAAUGGAAUAGCGGCCAAUUACAGAUGUUCCGGUCAAUAUGACUUGCGUGUUUACGACAGUGGUCCAACCGGACACAGUAAGCAUGAAGGAGUUGUUUGCAACGCAUGUAAACAGACACCUAUCAUUGGACAUCGUUGGAAAUGCAUGAACUGUCCUGGAAAUGAGGUUUCAAGUGAUAGUUCUGUUGAUUUGUGUUUUAUGUGUUAUCAUAGUGAUAAACAUAAUAUUCGACAUAGGUUUAUAUUGAUCCAACAGCCCAUACCAAAAGAAUUAUUAAAAGACCCUCGUAGUCUUGGUGAAAAUCCGGUUAUAUUAGAGCAAAGAAAAAAAUCUAAAAAAAUAACAUUACGUGGUAUAUUUCCUGGUUCACGAGUUGUGCGUGGUGUUGACUGGCAAUGGGAUGAUCAAGAUGGAGGAUCUGUUAACCAGAGGGGUUUGAACAAUGCUGUUUCACAAACAGUUAUUAAACGUGGUAAAGUGUGUGAAAUUCAAGACUGGUCACUUGCAACAGGUAGUGUCCGCUCAGCUGCCUAUGUCCAGUGGGAUAUUAAUGGUAAUACAGCUGGGUGCGUCAAAAACUUGUAUCGCGUUGGAUUUGAAGGAAUGUCCGACUUGAAAUGCGUAUCUCCAUCUAAAGGGUCAACAACCGUUUAUCGAGACCACCUGCCAUUGUUAGGCCAACACCAGCACCAACUGCGAAAUGACCAGCACAGGCCAGGAAUAUUAAGUUUAAAUCAUCUAAAUAACCAACUACAAUAUCAACAACUAGAAAUUGGUGAUCGGGUAAGAGUUGAUCUGGAAUUGGAUGUUGUACGAGCUAUGCAACAAGAUCAUGGUGGUUGGACAGAUGGCAUGUAUGAAGAAUGUUUGGGAGGUGGAGUUCUAGCAAAUGCUUCUAUUGGAUCAGUAGUCGGUAUUGAUGAAGAUCAUGACGUUGUUGUUUUAUAUCCGAGUGGCAACAGGUGGACAUUUAAUGCAGCUGUACUUACAAAAGUACCACCACUUAGUGAUGCAUCAGUAGCCGGCAGUUCAAAUGCAAGUUCAUCACAUGGACAGAUUAUUAGAGUAGGAUCAACUGUAAGGAUUUCUGAUGAUGUGGAAUAUGUGCGCCGAUUACAAAAAGGCCAUGGUGAAUGGGCUGAUGCCAUGUCUAUGACUUUGGGCGAAAUUGGUUAUGUGCAACAAAUAUAUGAUGACGGUGAUCUCAAGAUAGUUGUGUGCAAUACAUCUUGGACAUAUAAUCCACGAGCAGUUACCCUACUAAGUACAAAUGGAGUUGAAGCGAUUCGAGAUGAAACUCUAAAUGAUAAACGGCUUAGAUUAGCUCGUGAGAGGGACAUAAAAGGACGUGAACUGGUGACGUCAGCAGCCAAUGGUGAUGUUCAAAACUGUCGUAAAAUUUUGGAGAAAGAAAGACAAAUGAAAUUGAGUCAAAUGAAUCAAAAACCUACUGGGGAACCGACGACACCCAGUUAUGUUCUCACACCAAGACAAGCUGCAUUGUGUAGCAAUUACACACGUCCACCAACUGCUGCAGAGUUGAUAUUGACAAAUUUUGUGAGUAGUGGGCACACGUCUCUGCAAGCUGCUGCUCAAAAUGGUCAUGUCAAUGUUUGUCGUAUGUUAAUUGGAGAGUUUAACGCUGAUGUUGAAUUUCAGGAUAAAGAUGGUGAUCGUGCUAUUCAUCAUGCUGCGUUCGGCAACCAGCCACAAGUAGUGCAUUUGCUAUGUGUUGCUUUUGAUGCUGAUGUGAAUGCCCGUAAUAAACGAGGACAGACUCCUUUGCACAUUGCUGUUAACCGUGGGUAUGCUGAUGUAUGCCGUAUUCUGUUGCGUCUCAAUUGCUUACCAAACUUGCAGGACAAUGAGGGUGAUACACCACUACAUGAUGCCAUAUCCCGUAGACGAGAUGAUCUUGUAGCCAUGUUAAUGGAAGGAGGAGGAGGGAGCAUUGCCAUUAAUAAUAUACCUUCGAGUGCUGUUGCUGCUAGUGUUUUGAAUGGAUCUGAACGUCCCUUCGACCGCUUACCACCUAUGCCAGUGUCUACAAAUCGAGCUAUAACAAGUUCUGCUCUGACAAAUACUUCAAAUGCAUCAAAUACUAUAUUAACAGCCAAUGUUGCUGCCAGUGCUUGUGCAACAUUAAAUGAUGACAAUGUCGAAAAUGCCGCUGUAACUGAAAUGCAAAAAGAAAAGAGUACACCUUCAAUAAUCAGUAAUCAAGAAGAGGGUGCUGCUGGGUGCUCUACUGCCACUGCAGGUUCUUCUUUAGAAACUGCCAAAUCCAUAGAAACAAGUGAAAGUGCUGUAGCAAUCUCUGAAAGUCAAAUUACUUCUGCUACAGAACUAGGAUUUCCAGCUAUUGGUUCACCACCAGCUGAUCUCAUGGUAGUUAACACUAACGGUUUCAACCCAUUGCAACACGCAGCACUACGUGGUAAUCCAGGAGCUACCGCUAUUAUGUUGGACUGGAUCGCUACAAACGGUGGCCGCUAUUGGGUCGUGGAUGAACCCAAAGACGAUGGAUACACCGCUCUACAUUUGGCUGCUCUUAACAAUCACCACCGCGUGGCGUCGUUGCUGCUAAUUUAUGGCCGGGCUGACCCAAAUAAACAAAAUGUCAAUAAGCAGUCGGCCCUUCAUUUGGCCGUGGAACGUCAGCACGCAGAUAUUGUCAAACUACUUGUUUACCAUGGCGCUGAUCCAAACAUCCCUGACAAAGACGGUGACACGCCUAUGCAUGAGGCUUUGCGCCAUCACACGUUAUUGCAACUCAAGACAGUCGGUGCACCACCCCCGCCUGGAGUGGGUUUGGGAAACAGUCCUAGGGAUCCUAACACUAAGUUCCGGUCAGAUGGUGGAGGUGGAAUAUCGUUACGUAACCUUCUCGGCGGCAACAGAGUCGUACGUGACUAUCGAGAACUAUCAGAUGACAGUGAAAACAUGUAUUCAAUAGUCAGCCGUACCGUUACUACUCAACCAUGCCCCGUCGAACAGGCAACAGAACUAUGGGCGGCCAAGGGUCCCGCGUACUUAGAAAUGUUCGCUUCACCGGUCUCCGCGGUGCAGAGAUUGAUGGCCGAGCUACUUGGAGCGGCUGAAGAGUUUAGACGUUUACGCAUAUGUUCCAAUGGUGUAGAUUCUGAUGAGGAUACAAACAGUAAUGUUACUCCAACAGUUACCUCGCCUGUUAUGAACAACAAACCACAACCAGUCAAAAAUAAUAAAUCGAAAAAAGCGAUCAACCGUCGUCGGAUAAAGAAAUCUCCAGUGCGAACUAUACGUCAACAGACUGUCGAUGAUCAAACCGGUCCUCGAUUAGCCGGAGAGGCACGUGCCGCUGCUCUGGCAGCUGCCAUGGCUAUUUCCGGUUCCAGAAGUCGUGAUAAUGGAGGACGAUCAAUACGUGAAUCGGGAUCAAGUUCGAAUAAACAAGUAACUGGAGAAGGGAGCUCAGGAAGUAUUCAGACUGCAAUUUCUGGACCAGGUAGCCGAGAUAUUUUUGGUCGGCCUACACGUGGUCCGGUAUCCCGGUCUGCGCCUGCUUCCCCAAGCAAUGGAAACGUGAUUCCGCCACCACCAAAUGCUACCGUAGUUGUUUGUGUGCUCGCUGGUACAGGUCGCGUUGAUCUAUUUAUACGCAACAACCGAGGACAAACGCCUUUGGAUCUUUGCCCGGCCGAUCAGCCUUUGCGCUGUGCUUUGAUGAAGUGCUGUUCUGCUGCCGCUCAUGCCCGCGAAGUUCGAACUAGCGUCGGUGACUGCCCUAUGGAGGGAGCUAUUGGUUCCAGUGCUCCAACUCUCUCUAUAGAGGGACCUCCGAAAUCCCAAUUGAUGCUUCAUAACAUGCCGCCUGACUACUCGAUUAAAGCACCAUAUCACGAUGCAUACGCCCCAUUGCUGUCAAGAGAGCCUGACCCCCCUAAAGAGUGCACCAAGACAUUCGCGACUCGAAGUGACUCAGAAUUUCUUAAAUUAUCGUCAACAGUGGCAAAUCGUUUUUUGAGCAUCGGCCUUCCUCCCCCGCCGCCUGGUAUGAUGAUGUUAGAAGAUAAUACCCCAGCGGUGCUUUUGGAUGGACCUUCUACUUCCAGAGCCGCUAUGCCCCCAAGUGGCAAUUCUGGUGAAAGAGUGGAUAACAAUAUAAUAAGAGAUGUUGAGAACCAUGAAGAACCGGAACUAGAUUUCAUGGAUGACGACAGCAUUUUAAGCGUCACUAGUAGUGAUAAUGGAACUAUAGUGAUUGAGAAUAGUAGUAAUAAUAACAGAGAACCUGCUCCACGCAAUGAAUUGGACAUUGCCACCGGUGAAAGCAACAAUGAAAGCCAACCUUCCACUUCACGUGGUCUAUCGGUUAUAAAUAAUACUUUGUCCCGGUCUCGUGACAAGAGAACUAACGAAUUAGAACAAAAGCAGAUUGACAUUGCGAACGCGCAAGUACAGGAGGAACAGCAAAAUUCUCCCAUGAAUGUGGCAAUGGCAAGCCCUUCUAGAGACGAGCCAGGACUAGUGGAAAAGCUCAUGCAGCAGUUGAGUGAUCUCAAAGAAAUGAAUAUGUGCCCUGUGUGCUUGGAUAGAUUGAAAAAUAUGGUGUUUAUGUGUGGACAUGGAACUUGUCAGCUGUGUGGUGAUCGCAUGUCCCCUGGUCAACCAUGUCCUAUUUGCCGUAAACCAGUUGCACACAAGAUAUUAUUAUACUAGACUCUGACAAAAGAAUCAACAAAAAUGAUAUGAAUUUGGAUCUUCUAGACAUACUACCAUUUAUUUUAAAUUUAUAUUAUACUUUCACUAGAUAAGAUAAGAUUUUGGAGAUAUCAUAUCUAGUGUAUUCUAUUAAUUUAUAAUUAAUCUUUCAGUUUUUUAUUUUAUUAUUAAAUUUAUCUCAUCAUUAAAUCAUUAUUUACGUGUUACCGUAAACUUAAUAUACACUUUGAUUUCUCCAAAUAAU